AUGGUAAACGCUGUAGCGAAGAAGGGAAAGUUAGAUUUGGACUUUGUGCCUACAAUUAGUGAUAGCGAAGAUGCAUUACCAGAUUUAGAAUCCUCUGAUGACGAUGAGAAUCAUAUGAACGAUACACCUGCUAAACCUCAAGCUUCUACUAAAAAAUCCAAGAAGAACAAUAAAAAAAAGAGCAGCACAGAUGAUGUGGAAGAUGAGAAUGUAAACAAAGAUUUAAAUCCAGAAUUUAGAUUUGAUCUGGAAGGUAACGAUAUCGUAUCAAAUUUACAGGCAUGGAAUUUCGUUGGUGAUGAACCCGAUGGUGAUAAUGUGAAAAAAGAUGUGGAUUUAGAUGGUAUUAUUAGAAGGAAAGGUGGAUUGAUCAAGACUAUUCGUGUAGAUGGUGAAAGUGACGAAGAAAAAAAUGAAGUGGAAGAGGAAGAAGAAAAUUCUGAAGAUGGUGGUGAGGAGAACAGCGAAGAUGAUGAUGAAUUAGCCAUGGAUGGGUUUGGUAUGGGCGCCGUCAACAAAGAUGAGGAAGAUGAAGAGGAGGAUGAGAAUGACAGCGGCUCCGAGGAUGAGAAAGACCAAGUCGAAGAAGAGGAUGAAGAGGAUGAGGACCAGGCUCAAAAACAGGAAGAGGAAGAAGAUUCACCUGAAGAAAUGGCUAAAUUUUAUGCGCCUCAGAGUGAAAGUGAGGAAGCAAAGAAAAAGGUUUUCAAUAAUUUCAACAGUUUAUCACUGUCACGUCCCGUUCUCAAAGCUUUGGGUGAUCUGGGUUAUGCUACUCCCUCUCCUAUUCAAGGUGCAACAAUCCCUAUUGCGCUAUUAGGUAAAGAUAUUAUAGCCGGUGCUGUUACCGGUUCUGGUAAGACAGCAGCUUUCAUGAUCCCCAUUAUUGAGCGUUUGAUUUAUAAACCAGCAAAAGUAGCAUCUACUAGAGUCAUAGUGCUAGCGCCAACUCGUGAAUUGGCUAUUCAAGUUGCUGAUGUGGGGAAGAAAUUAGGAAAAUAUGUUAACGGGUUAACUUUUGGUAUAGCUGUCGGUGGUUUGAACCUUAGACAACAGGAGCAAAUUUUGAAGACUAGACCUGAUAUCGUCAUUGCUACACCAGGUAGAUUCAUUGAUCAUAUUAGAAACUCUAGUAGUUUCAAUGUGGAUUCCGUGGAAGUUUUAGUAAUCGAUGAAGCUGAUAGAAUGUUAGAAGAAGGUUUCCAAGAUGAAAUAAAUGAAAUCAUGCAUUUGUUACCAAGCAAAAGACAAACCAUGUUGUUUUCUGCCACUAUGAAUUCAAAAAUUAAGCAAUUAGUUUCUUUGUCAUUGAAAAGACCCGUAAGAGUGAUGACAGAUCCUCCUCAGCAGGCUGUCUCCAAAUUACAACAGGAAUUCGUUCGUAUUCGUAAAAGAGACCAUUUAAAACCUUCAACGUUGUUUUAUCUUAUUAAAAAAUUGGAUGGUGCCGCUCAAAAGAGAAUGGUGGUUUUUGUUUCCAAGAAAGAAAUGGUGCAUAGACUAAGAAUCAUUUUAGGAUUGCUAGGUAUGGCUGUGGCAGAACUUCAUGGGUCUCUGAACCAAGAACAGCGUUUACAGUCUAUUAACAAAUUUAAGUCCUUGGAAGUACCGGUAUUAAUCUGUACGGAUUUAGCCUCUAGAGGGUUAGAUAUUCCGAAGAUUGAAGUGGUCAUUAACUAUGAUAUGCCAAAGAGUUUCGAAAUUUAUUUACACAGGGUAGGACGUACAGCAAGAGCUGGUAGAGAAGGUCGCUCAGUAUCGUUUGUCGGUGAAACCUCUCAAGAAAGAAGUAUUGUGAAGAGCGCCAUCAAGAGUGCACAAGAAAGUGGUGAAAAGAAUUUACCAGUGGGGAGAAAUGUGGAUUGGAAUCAAAUUGAAGAGAUCAACAAAACAGUAGAAUCAAUGUCUGACACCGUGAAGGACAUUUUAGAUGAAGAGAAACAGGAGAAGGAGAUUUUACAAGCUGAAAUGCAAUUGAAAAAAGGUGAAAACUUGAUUAAACACAAGCAAGAAAUUGAAUCAAGGCCAAAGAGAACUUGGUUCCAAACAGAGACUGAGAAGAAAAAUUCCAAGGGUAUGGGGUCGUUGCCCAAGAACACUCUGAAUAGUAAAAAGAGAAAGAGACAAGAGGCUUUAGAGGAGAAAACGCGUCCAUAUAAGAAGACUCAAAAGAACCGCUCAGAGGAUCAAGAAAGGUCUUUCAGGAGACAGAAUGGUAAAAAAAUGAAGGACAAAAAGAAGGGUAAGAAAUAA